CAAGACUCACGACUAAUACCUCCCAGGACAAGAUGCAGGUCGACGAUCCUCCUUCUGCCAUUGAGCAGCUAAAGGACAACAGCGGCGAGAUCGAUGAAUCACUCUACAGCAGACAGCUCUACGUGCUUGGCCACGAGGCCAUGAAGCGCAUGGGAUCGUCGAACGUCCUCGUAGCUGGUAUGCGAGGUCUCGGCGUCGAGAUUGCGAAGAACAUUGCGCUCGCUGGUGUCAAGUCGUUAACGCUUUACGACCCUAAGCCCGCCGCGCUCGCCGAUCUGUCGUCACAGUUCUUCCUUCGCCCCGACGAUGUGGGCAAGCCUCGUGCAUCCGUCACCGUGCCCCGCGUCUCCGAGCUCAACCCAUACACACCUGUGCAGGAAUACUCAGGCAAGGACCUGACCUCAGAUUUGUCUCAGUUGAAACAGUUCCAGGUCAUCGUCCUCACAGACACAACACUGAAGGACCAGGUUAAGAUUGCGGAUUACUGUCACGAGAACGGCAUCUACGUCGUCAUCACUGACACAUACGGUCUUUUCGGAACCAUCUUCACCGAUUUCGGCAAGAACUUCACGAUCGGCGACCCCACUGGCGAGAACGUUACAAACGGCAUCAUCGCCGACAUCGAUUCGGACGGUCUGCUUUCGGCACUGGAUGAGACACGACACGGUCUUGAGGAUGGCGACUGGGUCACCUUCACCGAAGUCAAGGGCAUGGAGGGCUUGAACGGCUGUGCGCCUCGCAAGAUUGAGGUCAAGGGGCCUUACACAUUUUCUAUCGGCGAUGUCUCUGGUCUGGGCGAGUACAAGGGUGGAGGCCAGUACAUUCAGGUCAAGAUGCCCAAGAUCGUCAACUUUGAGCCUCUCAGCCAGCAGCUGAAGAAGCCCGAGCUCAUGAUCUCCGACUUCGCGAAAUUCGACCGCCCACAGCAGCUUCACGUUGGAAUCCAGGCUCUGCACCAGUUCGCUGAAAGCCACAAGGGCGAGUUCCCACGACCACACAACGAGGCAGAUGCGACCGAGGUCCUGAAGAUCGCACAGGAGCUUGCUGGACAGGGCGAGGAUAAGGUUGAGCUUGACGAGAAGCUGAUCAAGGAGCUCAGCUACCAGGCACGGGGUGAUCUCAGUCCCAUUGCUGCAUUCUUUGGUGGUCUGGCUGCGCAGGAGGUCCUUAAAUCGGUUUCCGGGAAGUUCCACCCAAUUAUGCAGUGGCUGCACUUUGACUCUCUCGAGUCGCUUCCCACCUCUACUGCGCGCUCGGAGGAGCAGUGUGCUCCGAUUGGCUCGCGUUAUGAUGGCCAGAUCGCGGUCCUCGGUCAAGAGUACCAGAAGAAGCUCGGCAAUGUCAAGCAAUUCCUUGUCGGUGCAGGUGCCAUUGGUUGUGAGAUGCUGAAGAACUGGGCGUUGAUAGGUUUGGCAGCCGGACCCGAGGGCAAGAUCACCGUCACCGACAACGACCAAAUCGAGAAGAGCAACUUGAACCGACAGUUCCUCUUCCGACCCCACGAUGUUGGUUCGUUGAAGAGUGCGGCAGCUGCCAAGGCUGUUCAGGCAAUGAACCCAGACCUGAACGGCAAGAUUGACGUUUUGUCUGACAAGGUGGGCCCGGACACCGAAGACAUUUUCAACGAGACUUUCUGGAACUCGUUGGACGGCGUCACCAACGCGCUUGACAACGUAGAGGCACGAACAUAUGUCGAUCGCCGAUGUGUCUUCUUCCGCAAGCCCCUGCUCGACAGCGGUACUCUCGGUACAAAGGGCAACACCCAGGUUGUCCUUCCCUUCAUCACAGAAUCAUACUCUUCGUCGCAAGAUCCGCCGGAGAAGUCGUUCCCUAUGUGCACACUCAGGAGUUUCCCCAACAGGAUCGAGCACACCAUUGCGUGGGCGCGUGAGAUGUUUGACUCGCUGUUUGUCAAGGGCCCGGAAGUCGUCAAUCUCUACCUCACACAGCCUGACUAUCUCGGCGCAUCGCUGAAGCAGUCUGGCAACGAGAAGCAGACUUUGGAGACACUACGCGACUUCUUGGUCACCGAGAAGCCUCUAACCUUCGAUGACUGCAUCAUUUGGGCACGCCAACAGUUCGAGAAGAGCUACAACCACAGUAUCGCGCAGUUGCUGUACAACUUUCCCAAGGACUCGACGACAGGUUCUGGGCAGCUAUUCUGGUCUGGACCCAAGCGCGCGCCAGACCCAUUGAAGUUCGACCCCUCCAAUCCCACACAUGCGACCUUCGUCGAGGCUGCAGCCAUUCUGCACGCGUACAACUACGGUAUCAAGCCAAACGCGACAAAGGAGCACUAUACCGAAGUCAUGAACGAUAUGAUCGUUCCAGACUUCCAGCCUGAUCCGACAGUCAAGAUCCAGGCGAACGAGAACGAGCCUGACCCGAAUGCCAACCAGGCCCUCUCAGACGAUAACAACGAGCUCAAUGAAAUUGCCAAGCAGCUGCCAGAUCCUAAGUCGCUUGCUGGCGUCAAGCUUGAGCCCGUAGAGUUCGAGAAGGACGAUGACACUAACCACCACAUCGACUUCAUCACAGCGUGCAGCAAUCUGCGUGCCGAGAACUACAAGAUUGAGCAGUCUGACCGCCACAAGACCAAGUUCAUUGCUGGCAAGAUUAUCCCAGCCAUUGCGACAACUACUGCUUUGGUCACUGGUCUUGUCAACUUAGAGCUGUACAAGAUUAUCGACGGCAAAGAUGACAUUGAGCAAUACAAGAAUGGCUUCAUCAACCUGGCGUUGCCCUUCUUUGGAUUCAGUGAGCCUAUUGCCAGCCCUAAGGGCACCUAUGCUGGGCCGAAUGGCGAAGUUACGAUCGAUCGCUUGUGGGAUCGUUUCGAGGUGGACGACAUUACGUUGAAGGAGUUUGUCGAACACUUCAAGGAGAAGGGCUUGGACAUCCAGAUGGUUAGCUCUGGUGUCAGCUUGCUGUAUGCAUCGUUCUACCCUCCUUCCAAAUUAAAGGACAGGAUGGGAUUGAGCAUGAGCAAGCUCGUCGAGCACGUCAGCAAAAAGCCUGUACCAGAACACCAGAAGAAUGUCAUCUUCGAGAUUACCGCGGAGGACCAGAAUGAAGAGGAUGUUGAAAUUCCUUACGUUAUGGUCACGCUGCGGAAGUAGGAUUCUCCAGUCAGACGAGGAGACUCCGUCGAUAACGGACAUUCAUGAUUCAGUGCGGUUCGCGUUAGUACUACUACGAUAGACGACUUGCAUGAAUAGACAACUGUGCAUAUAUACAUUAAUCAUCC